CGCGCCCGAGGGGCUGAGGCGGCGCCGCGCUGCCGCCGCCUGGACACGUUCCCAGUUGCCGCCGCUCACCUGCGUAGCCUUUAUGGACCGCAGCUCGAAGAGGAGACAAGUGAAGCCUCUGGCGGCUUCCCUGCUGGAAGCUUUAGAUUAUGAUAGCUCUGAUGACAGUGAUUUUAAAGUUGGAGAUGCUUCAGAUUCUGAAGGAAGUGGUCAUGGAAGUGAAGAUGCAUCAAAGGACAGUGGAGAAGGUUCCUGUACUGAAUCAGAAGAAAAUAUCUUGGAGGAGGAACCAGCAGAAGAGAAAGUAGAAGAGCAACAGCCAAAGAGCUCUGCUGAAGAAGUGCCAACAGCAGACAAAGAGAUAAUUAAGACUGAAAAGAAAGAGCAAGAAGAUGAAGAAGAGAAGCCGAAAAAGAAGAAAGAAAAAGAGAAAGCAGCUGAAACUGAUCCUGUGGCUGAUGAACAAGCAAGUGAACCAAAAAAAUGGAAUUUGCGCAGGAACCGGCCAUUACUGGAUUUUGUGUCAAUGGAAGAACUAAAUGAUAUGGAUGAUUAUGAUAGUGAAGAUGACAACGACUGGCGGCCUACUCCUGAGAAGAAAAAAGGGAAAAAUGCACUGCGAAAAGAAGGGAGUGAUGGAGAUAAUGAGGAUGAUGAAGAUGAUGGGAGUGGAAGUGAUGAGGAUGACAAUGAUGAGGAAGGUAACGAAGAAGAUAAUAGCAGCACAGCUAGUGAUGGAGGAUCCAAGAAGAAGAAGAGUAAAGUUCUUAACAGAAAUAAUGCAGAUGAUGAGGAACUGACAAAUGAUAGCCUGGCUCUUUCACAAAGCAAGAGUAAUGAGGACUCCUUGAUCCUUGAGAAGUCCCAAAAUUGGAGUUCCCAGAAAAUGGACCAUAUUUUGAUUUGUUGCGUUUGUCUUGGAGAUAACAGUGAAGAUGCUGAUGAAAUAAUCCAAUGUGACAACUGUGGAAUAACAGUGCAUGAAGGUUGCUAUGGUGUUGAUGGAGAGAGUGAUUCUAUCAUGAGCUCAGCUUCAGAAAAUUCCACUGAACCCUGGUUCUGUGAUGCAUGCAAAUGUGGUGUCACACCUAGUUGUGAACUAUGUCCUAACCAAGAUGGGAUCUUCAAGGAGACAGAUGCAGGCAGGUGGGUCCAUAUUGUUUGUGCCCUCUACGUUCCAGGAGUGGCAUUUGGAGAUAUUGACAAAUUGCGGCCAGUAACGCUUACAGAAAUGAAUUAUUCAAAGUAUGGUGCCAAGGAAUGCAGUUUUUGUGAAGAUCCUCGUUUUGCCAGGACUGGAGUAUGCAUCAGUUGUGAUGCUGGGAUGUGCAGAGCUUAUUUCCAUGUGACCUGUGCUCAGAAGGAAGGCCUGCUCUCAGAAGCAGCGGCAGAAGAGGAUAUAGCUGAUCCUUUUUUUGCUUAUUGUAAACAGCAUGCGGACAGGUUAGACAGAAAAUGGAAACGGAAAAACUACUUGGCAUUACAGUCUUACUGUAAAAUGUCCUUGCAAGAAAGAGAAAAGCAGCUCUCGCCAGAAGCUCAGGCUCGAAUCAAUGCCAGACUACAGCAGUAUCGUGCCAAGGCAGAGCUGGCUCGUACCACCAGGCCACAGGCCUGGGUUCCCAGGGAGAAGCUACCACGACCACUCACUAGCAGUGCUUCAGCCAUUCGCAAGCUUAUGCGCAAAGCUGAAUUAAUGGGAAUUAGUACAGACAUUUUUCCAGUUGAUACUUCAGAUACUAGUUCCAGUGUUGAUGGAAGAAGAAAACAUAAACAACCAGCCCUCACUGCUGAUUUUGUCAAUUACUACCUUGAGAGAAAUAUGCGCAUGAUUCAAAUCCAGGAGAAUAUGGCUGAGCAGAGGAAUAUCAAGGACAAAUUAGAAAAUGAGCAAGAAAAGCUUCAUGUGGAGUAUAAUAAGCUUUGUGAAUCUUUGGAAGAGCUACAAAAUAUGAAUGGAAAACUACGAAAUGAAGGGCAAGGCAUUUGGGCUCUGCUGGGUAGAAUCAUUGGACAGAAAUUGAACAUACCUGCAAUUUUACGUGCUCCUAAGGAAAGAAAACCAAGUAAAAAGGAAGGGGGAACACAAAAGGCAUCUACGCUCCCAGCUGUACUUUAUAGUUGUGGAAUUUGCAAGAAGAAUCAUGAUCAGCACCUACUAUUACUGUGUGACACUUGUAAACUCCAUUAUCACCUUGGUUGUCUGGAUCCACCUCUUACAAGGAUGCCCAGGAAGACCAAGAACAGUUACUGGCAGUGCUCAGAGUGUGACCAGGCAGGUAGCAGUGACAUGGAAGCUGAUAUUGCCAUGGAAACCUUACCAGAUGGGACCAAAAGAUCACGUAGGCAGAUUAAGGAACCAGUGAAAUUUGUUCCUCAGGAUGUGCCACCAGAACCGAAGAAAAUUCCAAUCAGAAAUACGAGAACUAGAGGACGAAAACGAAGCUUUGUGCCAGAUGAAGAAAAACCUGAGGAACGGAUUCCCAGAGAAAGAAGACAGCGGCAAUCUGUUCUGCAAAAGAAGCCCAAAUCAGAGGACUUAAGAACUGAAUGUGCUACGUGCAAAGGGACUGGAGACAAUGAAAAUCUAGUCAGAUGCGAUGAAUGCAGACUCUGUUACCAUUUUGGCUGUUUAGACCCUCCCUUGAAAAAGUCUCCAAAGCAAACUGGCUACGGAUGGAUCUGUCAGGAAUGUGACUCUACAUCUUCCAAAGAAGAUGAAAAUGAAGCUGAGGCUGAAAAUCCAUCUCAGGAACUGAAUUUGGAACAGAAAAAAUCAAAAAAAUAGGGGAUUGCUGUUCUUGUUUUAAAUAUUUGCAAGUUGUGUAACAGUGAUUAUAGUUUCUCAUUGUAAAAUUAACAACAAAAUUCUCAAUAAAGUCACCGAAAUUUAAAUUCAUUCUACACUGGGAAAUUAAUUAUGAAGCUCCUGGUGAUAUUUGUGAUUAUAUUCAAAGCUGAAUUAUCAAAACUGAGCACCAGACCAGUGAAUUCUAAAAGCUUUUUGAACAUGGUGUAGAAAGCUGAUGGAUUAUUCAUCACUAAAAACACUUCGUAAGCAAACAGUACAUUAUUAUUAUUAUUAUUAUUUUUAAUUCUACCAAGCAAUGUUAUCCUUAAAGGAUAGUUAUAAGUCAGACACAUUUUGGUAUUUCUGAGCAAGAGCUUUGAUACUGAAAAGUGAGAUGUAUGUUAUGUUCUUAAAUUCUGAAAUUUCUUCUGAACAGUGGUUAAAAUAAGUGUUGUUGGGGAUUGGGUGAAAGCAAAGAUUUUGUGGUUUAUAGUGUGUUUUCACAUAUAAUUAGUUUUACAUGUUUAUGCCUUCCAUGAUUUCAAAGUUUUUCAUAUUGUAUCAUCAUUUUCCUCCAUGUAAAACCUUUCCAUCUUCACAUGAUCUUUGUCUUUUAAUGAAUGCCAGUUUUUUGUCUUGUUUGGGCCAUCCCACACAGUUCUGAUUCCUUUGUAACAAUAUUUGCAUUUAAAUAGCAUAAAAUAACUUCUUCCUGCAUCAUCAGAUCUUAAGUGAAUACUCAAAAUCUAAAAUAAUAAAAAACAAUUCUUCCUA